AUGGCUGAGCAGUUGGUAGCAAUGGAGGACUCUCUGACUUGUCCGAUCUGUCUGCAGACUUUCAAAGAGCCACUCACUCUGGACUGUCACCACAACUUCUGCAGCGACUGCCUCCAGGGAUUCUGGGACCAGAGGCCGAUCAUGGACUGUCCCACCUGCAGAAGCAUCUCCCCUGAAGAGGAAAUUGUUGUCAACUUUGCCUUGAAGCAGCCGUGUAUUCCAGCGGGAGGCAAACCCGAAUCCAACGUGAGAUCUGGAGCCUGCCCUUCACACCCACAGACAGAGACAGAACUGAAACAGCAGCUGAAGUCCCAGCUCCAGAGCCUGAAGAGGAGCAGAGAACAGGCCCAGACUUUAGAACAAGCCUACAGAGAGUACCAGCAGCAUGCACACGCUCAGGCCCAGCUCUGUGAGAACACCAUCACUGCACAGUUCCAGCGCUUACACUGCUUUCUGAAGGACGAGGAGGAGCUGCGUCUGUUUGAGCUCAGAUUGGAGCAGAACUCAAAGGCGCAGCGACUGGACCGAGAGCUUGCCACAGUCACACAUCGGCUAGCCUCUCUGCAGAAGCACAUCCAGCAGCUGGAAAAGCAGCUGCAGAAGAACACAGAGGACUUCCUUGUGUGCCACAGCCCAGCACAGAGCCACACAGAACCCACUCAGCCUCUGCCUUCCCUGGGACCCAACCUGCUCAUAGACCAGGCCAAAGUGCUGGGAAACCUGGGCUUCAGGGUUUGGAGGAAGAUGAGGAGCGUGGUCGAGUUCAGCCCAGUGGUUCUGGAUCCAAAUACGGCGCACUCAAAGCUCCAGGUUUCUGAGGACAUGAGCUAA